AUGAAACAUGUUGUUCGUGAUCUGGAAAUCAAACGGCGCAUCGAAGCUGUCUAUACGGGUGGAAAUGUGGAAUGGAGUGCUGAUGGAAGCACUUUGUACUCGAUGUGCUCGAAUGUCGUAAAAGCGAUUAACUUGGACAAUAAUCUCUUGAGCUUUGUCAUCGGUGACCCAGAUGAAAGCCUUCGCAUCACUUGUAUUUGCGUCGACGAAAAUCGUUCCAGUCUACUUGUUGCGUAUAAUAACCAAGUCGUCCGUGAAUAUGCUCUGCUUGGAACUUCUCCUGCACUGGCCCGUACUUGGAAGACAAUGCACACAGCUCCAAUUCUGUGUAUGAGUAUUAACGCCGAUAGUACGUUGUUAGCUACCGGUUCAGCCGACCAUAACGUUAAGGUGGUGAUGUCCAGUAUUCUGAUGGUUUGGGAUCUAGUCCAGCAGCACUGCACAAAUACACUAAAGGGCGUUGGAGUGGUUUCGACUAUGUCAUUCAUACAUAAUAGCCGCUUCAUGGUGGGAUAUAUGGGAGGAGAAGUGCGAAUGUUCGACUUAGUCAAAGGCGCUAUCCAAAAGAUGUUACGAGAGUGGAAGGUACACAUCUGCUGUUUUGAAUUCCAAAGUGGAGUGUUGCGUAGGAUACGAAGGCGGUUUUCCUACAAUUUUUCUAACGAUUAUAGUCGAAUCACUGGAUUCGUUGAGCUGCCUAGAUCUCGUCAUGUUGUUGUGGUUUCUCGUGAUCAAACUGCUUCUGUUAUAGAAUCUGAAACAAGAGAAGUUCUGAAGGUAUUUCCACUAUUCGAAGCUAUCGAAUCGGCUACGCUUGCCCAGAACGGAAACUUGAUUACAGUCGGCGAAGAGGGAACUGUAAAGGAAUGGCUUAUUGAUUCUGCUCGGCUUGUCCGAUCCAAGAAAAUCACAGGUGUGCGACUCGAUUCUGUGAAACUUAACGCUGUUCGCAAUGAACUUCUCAUUACGACUGUCGAAGAGAAUAUUUUCCUUGUGCUGUUCGAUAAGUUAUCGGUGGGGAGACAGAUAGUUGGAUUUCAUGACGAGAUUUAUUCCUGCGCUUUGCUCGAUAACGAAGAGACGCACUUAGCUGUUUCAUCAAAUACUAAAGAAAUUCGUCUGUACGACACUAGAACCUGGGACUGCCAAGUUGUCGAAGGGACGACGUGUAAAUUGGUGCCGAUUGUUUAUGCAACAGGGCAUACCAGCUCAGUAAACGCUGUGUGCUUUUCUCAUUCUGGAAAACGACCAUUCUUGGUAUCCGUGUCGACGGACACAACGAUUAAAUUGUGGUCUCUUCUUGAUUUUGCUCCCUUAACGGAGGUUGACACAACUGUCAAAGAAAUUCGGAAACUUGGAUGUUCUUCGACUCUCGUUGCUCAUGGCAAGGAGGUGACUUCUGUUGACGUUUCUCUUUCUGAUUCCAUCUGUAUAACUGGAGGCUUAGAUAAAAUGGUGAAGUUAUGGCAUAUCGACCAGGUAAAGAUGCGUCUUGGUAUUGCUGGAACACUGUCUGGUCAUCGCAGAGGUGUCGGCGAUGUGAAGUUUUCUCCCAACUCUCUAAAGGCCGCCUCUUCCAGUGGUGACAUGACUAUUAAAAUUUGGUCGCUUUCAGAAAAGAUCUGUCUACAAACGCUGAAUGGACAUAAUUCAGCAGUGUUUAGGAUACUAUUCGUUAAUCGUGGUUCACAACUAAUAUCUGCAGACAGUGCAGGAAUAAUAAAAAUUUGGUCGUUGGCUACAUCUGAAGCGAACAGUACUUUGGAAGCGCAUACUGACAGGAUUUGGGCGCUGCUUGUGAAUAACAAUGAGAGUGAAUAUGUCACAGCUGGAGCAGAUGGAAGCAUACUCGUUUGGGGAGAUGUAUCUGAUGAUCGGAAACGAGAUGAAGAGGUUAAAUUGAAGAAACACAUGGAAGAAGAACAGGCAAGUCAGAGUGUGUUAAAUUGCUUACUAAGGAUGUUACCGCCCGAGAAAUUCUUGGAACUUCCUAAUAUAGGGUCAAUAUUAGAGUCACUGAUUCCAUACACCAGGAGGCAUAUGGAACGGCUUAAUAAUUCGAGACGGGAAAUAUCACUUCUGAAUUUCACAUGGAAUCAAAUGCGUCUUGGCCAAUAG